UAUACAGUAUACAGCCAAAUUAAUAUGAUUAAGAAAAUCAAUCCAUAAUACAAUUAAUAUUUAUUUUAUCCAGCAGAAAAAAUACGCAUGUAUAAAACUACCUUUAGCAGCCUUCGUUGUAGUGUUUCGUGUAUACCCCGUGUGCACCCGUGUGUCGUAUCGAGUCGAAAUGUAAAUGUCAACUUGAAUGAAUAUUGUCCAAAGUGUCAAAGAAUAUUACACGCAUUGUGUAAAUGUGGUUAAAAUUUGCAAUAUCAAGAAAUAUCACAAGAUGUUUCCGACUACGUAGGCUUCGUUACCUAAAUUAAUCUCUCCGGAAACCUAUGGAGUAAAAAUAACAAACAUGAGGUGUCGUUAACUAAUAUUCCAGAAUUAAAAAGAGACAAUGGCGCGCCAUAGAAACUUUAGAAAUAGGAGUUAUUCCUACGACUACGAUGACGACGAAUUUUACGGGCAUUCAGUGGAGGAAGACAGCUGUUUGUCGCCGAAUGAUUCUGCACAGUUCUUGUACGAUCGCUCCCGGAAUCAGCAAGCUAUAUCUCACUUUCUAGAAAGUCAUGCCAACAUUGAGGAGGAAACUGAAGGUGAGGCAGAUACCUCGCGGCCGUCGCUCGAGCGCAGCGAGUCACUUGACAUUCGCUCUUUAAAUCUCUCUGAGCUCGACGAAGCCAAACUUAUGUCAUGCUUAGAUGAGCUGCGAAAUGUCUUGGCUGAUACAGUACCAGAGAACAUUCUCAUGGAAGCUGCAUUAAAGCACAAUUUUGAUUGUAGUGUAGCCCUUGAUAGUAUUUUGAAUGCUAAAAAGUGUGAACAAGCACCCAAAGUAAAGGACACUCCUAAACCAGUGAUUACUGUCAAUAUUCCCAAGGCUGCUGUCAUUUCCACAAUAGAUGCACCAAAAGUAAUAACCACAAAUCUGGAGCCUAAGUCUUCAAGUGCUAUAAAGGGAUUUAAUGUAGAACAAGAGAAAACUACAAGCCAGCCUCAAACACCUCGAGAUCAAUCACCCGCAGGAGUGAGAACUUUGAAGAGUGAUGUACCCGAUGAAAAUAAAAGCUUAGGAAAAUUAAAAGAAAACAAAAUUGAUCCUAAUGUUUUGUAUUCAAAUGAAAGAGGUGCUGAUAAAGAUCAUCUGUACAUAGUAGUAAUUGGUCAUGUUGAUGCGGGUAAAUCAACUCUCAUGGGACGCUUACUCUGUGACCUGGGUGAAGUCAGUCAGAGAACCUUACACAAAUAUGAACAGGAGAGUAAAAAGAUAGGGAAGCAAAGUUUCAUGUAUGCUUGGGUGCUCGAUGAAACUGGCGAGGAAAGAAACAGAGGCAUCACAAUGGAUGUUGGCCGAGCACAAUUUGAAACUAAAACCAAAAGAAUUGUGAUUUUGGAUGCUCCAGGCCAUGCAGAUUUCAUCCCAAAUAUGAUAACUGGUGCGGGGCAAGCUGAUGUUGCCAUGCUAGUUGUUGAUGCAACUCGGGGUGAGUUUGAAUCUGGGUUUGACCUUGGGGGUCAAACUCGUGAGCAUGCCUUACUUGUGAGAUCCCUCGGAGUCAGUCAGCUGGCUGUUGCUGUAAAUAAACUUGAUACUACUAACUGGUCACAGGAGAGGUUUAAUGAAAUUUCAAAGAAACUUAAAGCAUUUUUAAAACAGGCUGGAUUUAAGGAUUCUGAUGUAACCUAUGUUCCAUGCUCAGGACUAACAGGCGAAAACUUGAUUAAACCAUCAACUGAACCAGAGUUGCUAAAAUGGUAUAAUGGCCCUUGUCUAUUAGAUGUAAUUGACAAAUUUAAUGUCCCAGAGAGGCCUGUAUCUAAACCCCUGCGCAUGUCUAUCAAUGAUAUAUUCAAAGGGACUGGCUCAGGUUUUUGUGUAGCUGGGCGGAUCGAAAAUGGUAUACUUAACAAGGGUGAUAAGGUUAUGGUAUGUCCCACAAAAGAAGUUGCCGAAGUGAAGAGUUUGGCUAUCAAUGACGUACCAAACAAUGUAGCUUUUGCUGGUGACCAAGUUAGUGUCACGUUGUCUGGGAUAGAUAUUCAAAAUGUUGCAGCUGGGUAUAUAUUGAGUGAUCCAAUCCAACAGGUGCCGAUAGCCAGUCGUUUUGAGGCAAGACUUGUAGUUUUCAAUGUGAAAGCUCCUAUAACUAAGGGAUACCCUGUGCUUUUACACCAUCAGUCUUUGGUAGAGUCUGCUCAUAUUGUAAAACUGAAGGCUCUUUUGAAUAAAAGUACAGGAGAAGUGAUUAAGAAAAAGCCUCGUUGUUUGGGGAAUAACUCGGUGGCGAUAGUGGAUAUAGAAGUGAGCAAGCCCAUUAGUAUAGAGCGCUAUAAAGACGUGAAGGAGCUGGGGCGGGUGAUGCUGCGCGUCGCCGGCGUCACCGUGGCCGCCGGCCUUGUUACUGAUGUAUUUAAUAUAUAAAAAGUUACAAACUUUCAAAUGGGGUGACUUGUAGUAAUACCUUGAUUGUUUUUAAAUUAUUAUAAUAACAUAAUUAUUCUUGGGUAGCUAAACUGUUUGAAAUUUAAAGUACCUGUAGUUCACAUUAAAGUGUUAUAGUUGCCUCCUUUUCAAAGUCACCCCAUUUUACUGUACCUAUCUUAUUAUAACACUGUGCUUAAAUUAAUUUUAUUACAAUUUUAUGCUAAUUUUUAAAUUGUUAGCUUACACCACAAACAAUUAAAAAACGUGAAUACACCUAAGGAAUUUUUAACUAUUGUAUUCAAUUGAUUUAUGGGUUCCUUUGUCUCAAUAAUAAUUUUACUGGUGAUAUCUGUCAGUAAUCGGUUUGUGGUGCUGUUGACAUUGCUGUUGAUAUCACCUUUUCAGAACUUGUUAGCUCACUGACAUACAAUUUGUGUAAAUAUUAUGUUUAAAAAAUAUAUAAACUUUAAUUUUAAAAUCCCCCUUUUUUACU